CAGGUGGCAAGUUUCAACCAAGCUUACCCAUUUAUUGGUACUUCCUAUAUCAUGAGCAACGAGUAAACGAUCAUCUCAUUCCCCAUUCCAUCCACAAAGAGACAAUCGAAAGACAGAUCAUUUUUAUAGGGAGACGGACAGCACACGAACUUUCUUUGGAGUUUGAAAAUGGUGGGGCAAAUGGAAAUCCCCCUCCCUCCCCCUCUUUUCAAGCCUUAUCAUACAAUUUCCAUCAAGAGAUGGAUUCAGAGAGAAAAAUGCUAUUUACCAAAUAUUCAAAAUCAAUUUCUGAUGUAGCGUAAAUCGACUCCUUUUGUCCUUCAUAUCGUGGAAUUGUGGUAUACAACGUGCAUCAUAAGUUUGAACUUGAGGCGACUUGCAAAACAUGGAUGGUGACGAAUCCUUCCUAGAGCUUUCUCAAUUAGACCAUCCAGAUGAUAUUCACUUGUUCCAAACUCUCAAGUCUGAUAUUAUACGUAAAGAGUCUCAAGUUCCCGACCAAUUUCAAUGGCUAUCUUUGGAGAUUCAAUCUUUAUCAAGAUACACACAAAAGACAUUGAAGAAUAUGAUGUUACAGUUGCAAAGACUAGGCAAUGUACAGCAAAAUGAAGACCUACAACCCAUUGCUAGAGAACUUAAUCAUCACAUUCAACAAAGUGGAAUGGAAUAUAUGCGAAAAAUGUCAUGGAUAGCAGAAAGACUACGAAGACAAACUAUUCUAUUCGCAUCCAAUAACCAAGAUUCCUUUCUUUUAGACCAAUCCUUACUACAAGAUAAGGAAAAUUGGGUAGCUGAUAACCAAACUUCUAAAGAACCCAGUCCAUCUCGCAUCCUCCAACAGACCAAGUUACGCCAAGAGUCACAAAGGGACAAAGGAAUAGAACCGUUCAUUACAGCCAAAGUUACUUCAUCUCAUCAAAAACCAACAAAGGGCCAGUUGGAAACAGCAAAUAGCUAUGAUCAUUUUUCUUCUUCUUCUUCUCCUUCUCAUCAACAUACUCCAAAAAGCAUCCCACAGUCUGAAAAAUUUGUCGAGUCCAGUCAUUCAAACAAAGAUAUAGUCUCACAAAACAAAGCAAGUAAGGAGAGCAAUACAAACAUAGUAACGGAGGAAAAUCCGCAAACAACAAAAACUGAAGAACAAGAAAUGUCCAUGUCUAGUGUUCAGGAGGAGCCGGUGUUUCAAAGUGUAAAAGACAGAAUACAAAGAUUUUCAGAUACAAUUCAUGAACAAGAUCGUGAAAAGCAGUUGGAACAAUACACCAAAGCUACUCUAUUAUCCAAACGUUCGAAAGAAAGAACAGACAAUCUUAAUAACGCAUCUACGCCAGAAAGACAAAUAAGCCGUGUAUUCUCAUCUAAUACAGCAGAAGAACAUAAAGAAGAGAAUCAGGCAAAUAAGGAAUCCUUAGGGACCUUGCUAGAAACAUCUGAAAAUCCUGCGAAAACUGAAUAUGAUCGAAAGCCUGAGCUGAAGAAACCUGACAAGCUGUCACGACAAACAGAACCGAAGAGACAGUCUCAAGGGAGGCACAGCUCUAGUGAGCGUUCUUUUUCUGCUUCAGUACAAGGCGAAUCUAUAAGGAGAAAGUCAAUUCAAGAAGAGACUAAAGAAAAUGCGCAUACUUUAUCCAGUCGAAAAACGGCUGCUUCGGGAAAAUCUCAGCUAUGGACCAACCUGCCACCACUACCCGUCGAAAAUUGGGAGAAAGUCAAGGAAACAAAGCAAGUGGAAAGUUCUAUUCAAGAAAAGUUUCCAUUCCGAAGCAAAUCGAACAAAAGUCAUAAACCAAAAAACAAAGAAGUUCCCAAUAAGAUGAAAAAGGACGACGUGACUUCUUUGUUUUCAGCUUUCAAACAUGGUUGGUCAAAAAUAGCCAAGCCUCAUGACUUGCAGCUUUUCAAAAAAUCGUCUCCAAGCACUGCUUCUGUAGACAAAGAGGCUGUGCCAUCCUCUACUUUUCGUUCAAAUCGUCUCGCUAUGAAUAACACCGACAGCUUAGAGACUUCAUUUCCUCAAAGUGAUCUAUCGCGUAUUCAUGAACCUGCCGUACCCCUGUAUCCUAUACAAGAUAGAAUUACAUCCCUUCAACCAACCGCACCUAUUCUUAGUAAUAGCAUUUUAUCUCAAGAAGCUACCUCUUCAGCAAACCAGGAUAAUAAUCAUUGGAUUGACUGUCAAACCACUGAUGGUCGACAUUUUCGAUGGAAUAUGUGUACUCAGCAAGUAGAGUGGUCCGAAUAACAUGUUGAUGGGUUUUUGUCUUUUAUUUUGAUAAAGUUGGAUUGAGUUGA